AUGGCAUCAUCAUCACAUCAUGCCCAUCGUUACCAUAUUCAUACCGCUUUCAAAAUCUUGAAAACAAUCAAUAUACAAUGGCAACUGCAGCGCUUUUACGCAACCAAGACUGAUCUAAAGACAUUUGGCCAGAAGAAGCAACAUUAUGGUAACCUAUUUCCGGACAAGUUACUGAGUAAAAAACAAAAGACUCCCGCCCUAAUGUAUUUGGCCAAUAAUAAGGCGGCAACGGCGGUGGAUGAACUUCUAGAUCCAUACUUAAAGCAGAGUCCAUGCGACACCAUUUUGGAAAUAAAUCCAGGAAUUGGUUUAUUUACACGUAAAUUACUCGAUCGAGAGGAUACGUUUAGGAAAAUUUUACUUAUGGAAUCGAUGGAUUUCUUCAUGGAUAAUCUGCAAGAAAUGCAUUCCCUGUAUCCGGAUAAGGUGAAAGUGAAACAUUGCGAUUUCACGAAUAUUUGGAAACUUGUCUAUCAAGAUAAAAUGGAUAAUGGCACCAGAGUGGAGGAGGUUCUGAGAGAUAUUCCGCGAAAGGCAUAUAAUGAAGAUUGCAAUAUGCUGAUGUUUGGUGCCAUCGGUUCAUAUCAAUUCUUCAAACAUCUCAUUAACUCGAUUGUUUUCCAAAAUAGCUAUCUAAGCAUGGGCCGAGCAGAGAUGUAUUUUAUAUUGCCACCGCCACUAUAUUUGCAUUUAACCUGCACAAAUGACAUUGGCUAUAUGAUAUAUAGAUCGACCACAAUACUAUUUCAAAUAUUUUUCGAGUAUAAAUUUAUAGCGUAUCUGCCACGAGAUGAUUUCCUGCCGCAACAAACAGAAUACAAUACAUCGAAGGGCAGUAAACUGAGAAGGGUUCGUUCUAUAAAUCCCGAGCAUCUCUAUCUUGUUAAAGUCGUACCGAGGAGAAAUAUAUUUGAUUUUGUUGCAGCAGAAGAUUUGCCUGCUCUUUGGUACUUUAUAAAACAGAAUUGUGUUAGUCGACGCAAUCGUAUUAUACCAAAUUUAGAGAAAUGGAUACCCGGCUGUGGUCCUAGACUCAUUGUAAAUAAACGCCAAACAGAAGUCUCAACAUUGUUAUAUCCGGAUGAGGAUAUUAGUAAAUUGCCGAAAUAUUCAACACCCUGCAAGACAAUUAGUAAUCGUGAUUAUUAUCCAAAUAUCAACAUAUACACGCAGUUUGGUGAUCUUACGCCUGGUCAAUUUCUAACAUUAUAUUCAAUGUUCCGUAAAUGGCCAGAAUAUGAGGAAAGUUCUUUCUUGGCCUCGUUUGAAAACAAUAUGUUAAAAAUGGAAGCAUCAGCCGAAGAUUCAGUAGAUGGCUUGGCCGAAGAAGAUGAUGAUGAUGGAUCAACCGAGUUAAGAUCCCUUAAAGAUGCCCCAUUGGAGCCGGCCUCACUACAAAAGCCCAAAAGAAAUCGCAUUAAGGAUAAAGAGUCAUGA